AUGUUGGCGGCAUCAGCACCGCCUCCCGAAACGAAACAACCUGAGAGACAAGAUGAAGACCUGGAACUUUUACAGACCCUGCAACCUGUACAGACCUUGGAACCUUUACAGUCCAUAGAGCCUUUACAGAUCAUGGAACCUUUCCAGCUGUUACAGUCAUUGGAAGAUCAGACAAUGUCAACCAUCGAGCUAACCGAAGCAGCAUUCGACUCCGGUCUCCAAGACCUGGCUUUUGUGGAGAAGCUGAUUAUCACCAAGAAGGUGGCCAUGAAGCAGCUCCUGUCGCUGCAGAGUCAGCGGAGCCGGUACAUCAUCAAGGCGGCUGACAGCGCGCUCGCCUACUCCGUGCUAGAGGAGAACACGUCAUAACUCUUAAAAUGAUAUUUGUUUUUCAGCUGGUGGCUGGGCUUCCUCUGCUACGGCCUGCGGCCCUGCCAGCUCAAGAUCAUGAACAAGGCUGGAGAGGAGAUCAUUAGGAUCGUGCGGCCCUUCGCCUUCACCACGAGGGUCACCCCGUGUCAGCUGCAGCGGAUGGAGGUAUACUCCCCUCCGGAUAAAUUGAUCGGCACCAUCGAGCAAAUCUGGACCCCCAUGAAGCCGUGCUACUCCAUCAAGGGUCCUGAUGGAGAGGAUCUCUUUUCUGUGCAAGGACCAUCAAACACCCUGGGCAUGUACCGCGACCUGCACUUCGAGAUCGUGCGGCCCGCGGGCGACCUCGUUGGUAGCACCUGGAAACGCUGGAGGGGGCUCGCGCAUGCGCUGUUCCGCUCCCCCACACUAGACAAGUACGUGUUAGAGCAGGAUAACAUGGCGUUCGGGCUGGCGUUCCAGAAGGAUCUCUCAGUGGAAGAGAAAGCGCUGCUCCUGGCCAGCUCCCUGCUCAUAGACUACAUGUACUACGACACAUAA